AUGGGUCAUACCGUGCCCCCUUUGAAAGACCAGUCUCUCCUUAUCGAGAAGGCCUAUGUCAACGGCGAGUGGGUAGGAUCCCAGUCGGGACAAACAUUCGAAGUCCAUGAUCCGGCUUCGGGAAAACUCAUUGGAACAUGUCCUGAGUUCUCUGCUGCAGACACCGAAAAAGCCAUCCAGGCCGCCACUGAGGCCUUUCCGAAAUUCAGCACCACCAUAGCCCGCGAACGUGCUCGUAUGUUGCGUCGGUGGUACCAGUUGAUGAUCGAUAAUGCAGAGGAUCUUGCCACGUUGAUUACAUGGGAGAACGGGAAGCCUUUGGCGGAUGCCAAGGGGGAGGUGAACUACGCCGCUGGGUUUUUCGAAUGGUUCAGUGAGGAGGCACCUCGCAUCUAUGGUGAUACCAUUCCUUCCUCCGUGGCCGGCAACAGGGUGAUUACCCUCAAGCAGCCUGUUGGUGUCUGUGGUCUUAUUACGCCAUGGAACUUCCCUGCAGCGAUGAUUACUCGAAAGGCUGGCCCUGCUCUCGCGGCCGGCUGCACUGUUGUUGUAAAGACACCGGGAGAGACGCCGUUUACUGCAAAUGCUCUUGCAGAGUUGGCUCACCGCGCUGGUAUCCCCAAGGGGGUCUUCAACGUCGUGACUGCUCUGAAGAAUACCCCGGAGGUGGGUGAGACCAUCACCACCCACUCGGAUGUUCGCAAAGUGUCAUUCACCGGCUCGACCAAUGUGGGCAAGCUUCUCAUGAAGCAAUCCGCUUCGACGAUCAAAAAAGUCUCAUGGGAGCUUGGAGGGAAUGCUCCCUUCAUUAUCUUUGACGAUGUGGAGGACCUUGACGCCGCUGUUGCCGGUGCCAUCACUUCCAAGUUCCGGAGCUCAGGCCAGACCUGUCGGGGCAUCUAUGACGAAUUCGUAAAGCGAUUUGUUGAAAAGGUCAAAGAUUUCAAACUCGGUGCUGGGUUCGGAGAAGGCGUUACUCAUGGCCCCGUCAUUCAUGGACGAGCUAUUGACAAGGUCAACGAACAUGUCCAGGACGCCACGUCCAAGGGCGCCAAGCUAGUUGUUGGAGGCCGGAAGGUCCCCGAGAUGGGACCCAACUUCUACGACCUCACCGUCUUGACUGAAAUGACCAAGGACAUGUUGAUUGCGUCCGAGGAGACAUUCGGUCCGGUAGCGGGGUUGUUUCCCUUCGAGACGGAGAAGGAAGUGGUCGAUUUGGCGAACAGCGCGGAAGUCGGUCUGGCAGGCUAUUUCUUCAGCGGCAAUAUCAAGCGUAUCUUCCGGGUUGCGGAGGCUUUGGAAGUGGGUAUGGUUGGUGUGAACACCGGCUUGAUCAGUGAUGUUGCAUCUCCGUUCGGGGGUGUCAAACAGAGCGGAUUUGGCCGGGAGGGCAGCAAGUAUGGAAUUGACGAGUUCCUUGUGAUCAAGAGUGUCACGUUCGGCGGCAUGGGCGGACCUCUGCAGUCGUAA